GCACAAGUUGCUAUUUAGAUGACAUGCUAAAUUAUUUUUUUAAUUUUUCCAAUAGGACCUCAAUUCUCGAGUACAAUCAUAGUUUUGUAUUUCGAUCAAAAAAGAUCAUACAAACAUCAGCCUUAAUUAGAUUAACUUGUAUAAAGAAUUUCAGAAAUUUUGGACAUUUUGACUCCAAAAUAUGUAGUUUUCAAAAUAUAAACACGUAUCCAAAUAAACAUAGAUUUUGGAAAAGUAAUUACAAAGAUUUUUGAUUGAAAUACAAAACUAUGAUUUUACUAGAAGAUUGGGAUCCUACUGGAAAAAUUUAUUAAAAACUCAAUAUCGCAGCUAAAUAACAACUUUCAUAGCCUAUUGAUUUUCUAAGUGAUGCACAACAGCUAGGGUUGAAUACGUUUUAGCAUUUCAUAAAAUUCCAUCGUGAGAUAAAUUUAAAGAAGAAAAAGAAGCCAGCCUUUUAUUAUUCUGUACGAUAAUAUUUUAUUAUUCGUUAAGCUCAUUCAAAACCUGACAUCAAUAGAAUAUGCUGAUCGUAUAAGACAACGUAUUGAGUAUGUAUCCUAUUUUAAUUAUGAAACACGUUUCUAUUUGUUUUUAUUGAUUAAGUGAUUCUAAAACAUAUGGAUUUCAACAUUAUGGAGGAACAUGGCUAGAUAAAGUCAAAACUGGUACAUCUCAUUUAUCAGUCAUUGGACAUAACGGUGAUGCUGUAGCAAUGACAUCAACUAUCAAUCUAUAUUUUGGUUCAACAGUACUUGGUACUGAAACAGGUAUUAUUUAUAAUGAUCAAAUGGAUGAUUUUUCUACACCAAAUACAACAAAUUUCUUUGGUGUUCCUGCUAGUCCAGCUAAUUAUAUUACACCUGGUAAACGACCAACUUCAUCAAUGGCACCUUUAAUUAUGUUUGAUCAAAAAGAUCAACGUGUUUUACAAGUUUUAGGUGGUAGUGGUGGAACUAAAAUAACAACAGCUGUUGUUCAAGUAUCUAUGCUUAAUUUAUGGUUUAGAAAAGAUAUUAAACAGGCAAUUGAUGCUCCAAGAUUACAUUCACAAUUAUUGCCAGAAGAAGUUUUAGCUGAACAAGGUUUUAAUCAAACUAUUCUAGAAGAACUGAGAAAACUUGGUCAUAAUAUUCAGUGUGGUAUGUAUGGAGGAUCAAUUGUACAAGGUAUUGAAUGGAGAAAACAAGAAAAUCAAUUAUGGGCUUGUAGUGAUGUACGAAAAAGCGGUGCACCAAGCGGAAUAUAA